AGUUAAUACUACAGUUCAUCAGUAUUAUUAUUGUUAUUUUAAAUGUUUUUCCAUUGCAAUUUAGGCUUGAAGUGUUUUUAAAUUUCAUUUAUUUAAUUUAGUGACAGAUCAUUUGACUUUCAUGUUUAGAUAAGCUUAUUACAUUUGAAAAUUUAAACAAGUUAAAAAUAUUGUCUAAAAUAUAUAUUCCUAAAUAUUUGCACACUUACUCACUUGAUAAGAUGUCACAUGCACAAACACACAAGCAAGAGGAGCAAGCUGAACCAUCUGCCCAAGUUGAAAAUGUUCACCUUACUCCUGAAGAAGAAGCAAAAACACUACGAAGAAGUGAAAGAAUUCGAAGCUUGACUGAAAAAGGAGAAGAACUCCAAAAAGAAAAACUGAAAACAAUGGAACGCAAGUACAAAAUGACAUAUGAAAAGUGGAGAUAUCAUGCAAGAAUCAGUAAAGAAAUGUUAUCAGAUAAAGUUUCCAAGGAGGAGCUAAAUGAAAUAAUUGAGGACCUUCAAGUUACCUCUUCUGCUGUACAGGGAAUGUACGAUGAGCUGCGCCAAGUAUGUACGCCUGAGUCAGACCUGCGGCGCAAGGUUGAUACCUGUAUGUCACUGUCAAGAUUUAUUAUCCAAAGGGCUAAAAGACAGCUUCAAGGGUCACCAGCAGAUGAAGAUGAGGAACCUUGGCCAGAUGUUGGAUCAAUCUUAAAUUCAACAGUUUCGUCAUCUCAGUCAAUGUCUGAUAGGUCAAAGUGUGAUUCUUUUCACUCAAGUGUCCAAUCAGCUAAAAGAAGAGAAGCUGCUGCAGAAGCUGCUGCAUGUCAAGAGGUUUUGGCAGUGUUGGAGGAACAAGAAAAGGAAGCAGUUGAACUUCAAAGGCUGGAGGCUGAAGAUAAGGAGCGUCUUGUUCAGUUUGAAUCAGAGAAACAAGCUAGACUUCAGGCUAUACAAGACAAACGUAGAAAACUUGAACGACUCGAAGAAGUCAAAAAGCUAAAUGCUGCUAAAGCUAGAGUAGAAGUCUACGACCAAGCAGAAGUUUCCCUCAUACAAGGUAACACUGAAAGAGUAAGUACUUCUCAAAAAUUUCCUUUGACAAAGUCAUCAUCUAUGCUUCAAAGACCAAGACCUCCUGUGAUUCCUAAGUCUUUUCCAGCCCCUGUUCAAACACUUGAUGCCUCAAGUCCUCCAUUUAUUCCACAAGCAAUCACAUACCAAAUGACGACACCCCUAACAACCACGACUCAUAUGCAAGACAGUGCAAACUUUGUUAGUAUUUUAGCAGAAGCCAUAAGUGCUAAUCGUCUUCCAACACCUGAGCCCGCAGUUUUUACUGGAAAUCCUUUGAAAUUCAAAGAUUGGCAAGUGUCUUUUCAGACACUAAUAGACAAAAAAAAUAUACCAAAGAAUGAAAAGCUGUUCUACCUUCAAAGGUACGUAGGCGGUUCUGCAAAAAAGGCUGUAGAAGGAUUUUUCAUGCUCGGAACAGAGGCUGCAUAUGACUCAGCGUGGCAGAUUUUGGAAAAACGAUUUGGUGAUCCAUUCAUCAUAGGGAAGUCUUUCAGGGAUAAACUCUACAGUUGGCCAAAAAUAAGUUCAAAGGAUGCACAUGAACUUAGAGAAUUUGCAGACUUCCUCCAGAGCUGUGAAAAGGCUAUGUCACAUGUAAAGACCUUGGAAGUUCUCAAUGACUGCAAUGAGUGCCAAAAGAUCUUGCUCAAACUUCCAGAUUGGUUAGUUUCCAGUUGGAACCGCAAGGUUAUGGAAACCAGAGAAACCUUUCACACGUAUCCAAGGUUUAAAGAACUAGUGGACUUCCUCUCAAGAGAAGCAGAUCUUGCUUGUGAUCCUGUAUUUUCAGUACAAGCAUUAAAGAGUGUGGAAGGAGAAAAACCCAAACAACCAAAAUAUAUACCAGUUCAAGCUAAGACUCUGUUCACAAACACAACAGAAAGAAGUAACCCACCAUGUGCAUUUUGUAAGCAUUCAGGACAUUUCAUCGCAGAAUGUAAAAAGUUCUGUGAAAAGAAUUUGCAAGACCGUGUUAAGUUUGUGCAAGCAGAAAAGCUCUGUUUUGGCUGUUUGAAGGCUGGCCACCAGUCAAAAAGGUGCUACAAAAGAAGUACAUGUGGAAAAUGUCAGAAGAAGCAUCCCACCUGUUUGCACAAUGAUGACUUUAAAGAGCAGCAAAGGUCAACACUUCAAAAUCCAAAGGAUAAAAUAACAGAAAAUGAAAACACGAAGAAAACCACUGAAGCAGCAACAUCAAACAGAGUGAUACAAGAAAGUCAAAUUUCACAAACCUCCUCCAUAGUACCAGUUUGGGUAUCAUCCUCAAAGGAACCAGAUCGAGAGAUUCUUGUUUACGCAUUAUUAGACACCCAAAGUGAUACUACUUUCAUUUUAGAUGAAGUAGCACAAGAUCUCAACACCCACAAGGAAAAUGUAAGUCUGCGUUUGUCCACAAUGUCAUCCAAGUUAGCAAGUAUUUCAUGUCAAAGGCUAACAAACCUACAAGUAAGAGGAUACAACUUGGAAAGAAGAAUCUCACUGCCACCAGUCUUCACACGAGAAUAUAUUCCAGCAAAUAGAUCACACAUCCCAACAUCAGCUACUGCUCUAAAGUGGACUCAUCUGGAAAAGUUGGCUGACAAGAUCCCACCUUUGCUGUCUUGUGAAGUCGGCCUUCUUAUUGGGUAUAACUGCCACCAAGCCCUUCAACCAAAGGAGAUUCUGCCUGGUAAAGAAACUCAGCCAUAUGGUCAACGAACUGAUCUGGGCUGGAGCAUUGUUGGCUGCUCACAAUCCUCAAGUGAUUGCGUUGACUCUAUAGGAGUCAGCCACAGAAUAAUAGUCUGCCAAGUAACACCGUCUGCACAGUCAUCAGUUGAACUCAGGAGAGAAGUAAGCUUUGUAUGUCAAACUCAAAUAAGAGAAAUCACUUCAACAGAAAUUAUCAGAGCAUUAGAGUCAGAUUUCUCAGAUCAAGCAUCAGAUGUUAAUCAAGUCUCUCAAGAUGACCUUCUCUUCUUGUCAAAGGUAAAGGCAGGCAUCAGGCAGAAAGAAGAUGGCCACUAUGAACUCCCACUGCCAUUCAGGGAGGACAAGCCUGAGCUUCCAGAUAACAAAAGUUAUGCACUGCACAGGUUAGCCUCAUUAGAGCGACGGCUGCGAAAGAAUGAACAGUACUUCAAAGAUUAUGUUCAUUUUAUGAAUGACAUAAUAUCAAGAGGAGAUGCUGAAAAGGUUCCACAUUCUGAGUUGGAUAACCAGCCUGUAUGGUACAUUCCACACCAUGGGGUUUACCAUCCACACAAGCCAAGUAAGAUCCGUGUGGUGUUUGACUGCUCAGCUAGAUACAAAGAUGCCUCUCUAAAUGACCAUCUUCUUACUGGGCCAGAUCUCACAAACACCUUAGUUGGUGUGCUUUGCCGGUUCAGAAAAGGUCCAAUAGCUAUCAUGUGUGAUGUUGAACGGAUGUUCCAUCAAUUUCAUGUUUUAAGUGACCAUCAAGACUACCUCAGGUUCUUGUGGUGGGAAAAUGGAAAUCUAAGCUCCGAACCUGCAGUGUAUAGAAUGAGAGUACACCUGUUUGGAGCUGCCUCAUCUCCAGGCUGUUCUAAUUUUGGACUCAAAUAUUUGGCAUCACAGGGCCACGGAACCUUUAGCGAAGAGGCUAUCACUUUCAUUCAACGAAGCUUCUAUGUUGAUGAUGGCCUAAUAAGCUGUGAAACUCCAGCUGAAGCUAUACAUCUGGUGAAUGGGGCAAGAGCUCUAUGUAAAACUGGGAAUCUUCGUCUCCACAAGUUUGUCUCUAACCAUCCAGAAGUCUGUGCUGCAAUACCACCUGCAGAACGUGCACAGAGUGAAGAUAUAAACAUGGCUCUUGGUGAACUUUACAUCGAGCGUGCUUUAGGUGUCCAGUGGUGUGUUGAAGUUGAUGAAUUCCAGUUCAGAGUUAUUGUCAAGGACAAGCCCAUGACAAGAAGAGGAGUUCUUUCAACAGUUGCUUCAGUCUUUGAUCCCUUGGGAUUUGUAGCUCCUUACAUAUUGCUUGGGAAGCAAAUUCUUCAAAAGCUCUGUAAAGAGAAAGUGAGCUGGGACGAAGACCUCCCAGAGCAAAUCAAGUCUCGAUGGGAGUCAUGGCUGAGAGACUUAUCCCAACUGCCAACAAUCAGGAUACCAAGGUGCUACAUAUCUUCAAGCUUUGGCAAGUUCAUACAGUAUGAACUCCACAACUUUUCAGAUUCAAGUUGUAAUGGAUACGGAUCCUGUUCAUAUCUCCGAGCAGUAAGUGAAUCAGGAAAGGUGUGUUGUUCACUUGUAAUGGGAAAGGCAAGGGUGGCCCCCACCAAGCAGAUCACCAUACCAAGACUGGAGCUGUCAGCGGCAGUAACCUCAGUUCGGAACAGUGAUACUGUCAAAGAGGAACUUGAGAUUGAAAAUUUGGAUGUGUACUUCUGGACAGACUCAAAGGUUGUUCUUGCAUAUGUGAACAAUGAUGCAAAGAGGUUCCACACCUUUGUAGCCAACCGCAUUCAGCGCAUUAGGUCGAGCUCAGAACCAAAGCAAUGGCAUUAUGUCAGUUGAGAAAACAAUCCAGCUGACCAUGCCUCAAGGGGGUUAACUGCAUCACAGUUAAGAGAAUCUAACUGGCUAACGGGUCCAGAUUAUCUCUGGCAACAGACACUUGAAAUGCAAGUUGGUGAAGAGGAGAUGGUGGGAGUUUUGGAAAUAUCCGACCCAGAGCUUCGCAAGUCUUGUGUCAACACUGUGAAAACAGAAACGGGUUCAGUUCUGAGCCGCUUCACCAAGUUUUCAGACUGGUCUAGAGUUGUGAAAGCUGUUGCCAGGCUGAGAAGAUUUGUCCAAGAACGUAAGGGAGUACAACCAAGAUCAAAUGAGACAAGCAGUCUUGAGGAAAGGCGACAAGCCGAACUGCUUAUAAUUAAGUUGGAACAAAGAGAAGCCUUCGCAGAAGACAUAAGGAAAUUAAAACAAGGAAAAGUCAACUCUCUUAACAAACACAAUCAAUUACACCGUUUAAAUGUUUUUCUUGAUGACGACGGAGUCCUCAGAGUUGGAGGAAGGCUUUCCAGAUCAACCCUGGACUAUAGUGUAAAACAUCCAGCUAUACUUCCCAAAAAGUCUCAUGUAUCAUCCUUGCUUGUGAAGCACUAUCAUGAGCGUGUUUGUCACCAGGGCAGAGGAAUGACCAUGAAUGAACUGCGAGCAAAUGGGAUAUGGAUAAUUGGAUGUGGAAACAUGGUCUCCUCACAUAUUUACAAAUGUGUGAAAUGUAGGAGAUACAGGAGAAAUACAGAAGUUCAGAAGAUGGCUGAUCUGCCAAGAGAGCGGACGGAAACAACCCCUCCUUUUACAUAUUGUGGCCUUGACUGUUUUGGUCCCUUUAUAGUAAAGGAUGGAAGGAAAGAAUUAAAAAGAUAUGGCCUCUUGUUUACUUGCUUGUGCUCGAGAGCUGUUCAUAUUGAGACACUGGAUGAUAUGACGACUGAUGCUUUCAUAAAUGCAUUUCGAACCUUUGUGGCAAUCAGAGGACCAGUUCGCCAACUAAGGUGUGAUCAAGGCACCAAUUUCAUGGGAGCCAGAAAGGAGUUUUCUGAGUUGCUCAAGAAAGUGGACCCAGAACGUCAAAGGGCUCUUGGUUGUGAGUUUGUGGCAAAUUUCCCAUCUUCAAGUCACAUGGGUGGAGUUUGGGAGCGCCAAAUAAGAACGAUCCGAAGUAUUCUUGCAGUCAUGCUUGACAAGACAGGAACCAGACUUGACACUACAUCUCUGAGAACUUUUCUCUAUGAAACAAUGGCUAUAAUCAACAGCAGACCAUUAACUGUGGAGCACCUGAAUGAUCCCACCGGACCAGAGCCUCUUACACCAAACCAUAUACUGACUAUGAAAUCUUCAGUCAUACUGCCUCCUCCUGGACAGUUUUGCAGAGAAGAUUUAUAUCUGCAUAAAAGAUGGAGAAGAGUGCAAUUCCUGGCCAAUGAAUUUUGGCAAAGAUGGAAGCGAGAGUAUUUGCUAAACCUUCAACAACGUCAGAAAUGGCAAAACUCAACACGAAACCUGAAAGUGAAUGAUAUUGUGAUUCUACAAGAUGAAAGCACACCAAGAAAUGAGUGGAAGCUUGCUAGAGUCUUACAAACCUAUCCUAGUCAAGAUGGCAUCGUACGAAAGUUAACUCUACUUGUCAGUGAGACUACACAGAAUAAAGGAAAUUCACACACUAGACUACUGCAUUUAGAUAGACCUGUUCAUAAGGUUGUAACGCUUGUAGAAGCAGAGUGAGUAACCAAAGCAGUAGUGGUUUGACAUGAAAAUCCCAUUUAUUCUUCAUAGGAGUGAUUUUGGUGGGAGUGUAAAUGCAGCUGAAAUUUAUAUAUUAUAUAAAUUAUUAUAUAUUACGUUUAAUAAUUGGUGAUUUAAUUUUUAUUCCUUUGGAGUGUACAGUGAAUUUUGUUUGAUUUUGUUCAGAAGAAUUGUAUUAUUCUCGCGAGAAUUUGAGCCUUUUAUGUUGGCCGCAGGUGAGCACGUCUUUUGCUCACGAGGUUGCAGCAAUUAAGAGUUCAAGCUGGGAGAAAGAGCUGCAAAAAAGAUUACUUUGGACUCAAAGAGACUCUUUUUCUUGACAAGCGGAAACGAGUUUUCACGGCGUAAUGAAGGCGUAAUGAAGGCGCAAUGAAAGCGAAGGCACGCAAUGUCCCACAAGAAGUGUGAUGACCUGCAGAAGUACAAAUAAACGCCCGUUGUAAACCGA